AUCAUAGAUUCCAUAGUCGAUGUACAUAUGUUAUGUUUGGACUUAUAACUCUAGCCCCAACUUACCUUUGACUUACUAGAACGUCGAAGGAACAAAAUCCGUGCACUCAAGAUUUUCGCACUACUCGAAUUCAGUUGCUGUUUUUGUUACUGAAGUGAUGAUGUCUGGACUAAAUCUGAACGUUUCUACCCUCACGAAACAGUUCAAAUUUCCCUUUCUUAUUUUCAUUCUAUUUGUUGAACAUAUUUGGUUUAGUUUAAUGCAAAGAAUGAUACGAAAAUUCCAGUGAUUUCAUGAGAUUUAAGCACCCUGUGUUUAAUUUGAUUAUUUUCCCUCACUUAACAAUUUCCUUUCUGCUGUAUGAAAUCACUCGGGCCAUAGAGUCCUCUGUUAGAUAACAGGUAUAAUCAUCUCUGACCUUUAUGAUCAUGUCCCCUGAAAUUUUAUGUCAAAAAAUGGUUGUGACUUUGUUUGAAAAUGUCCUCAUUUAUCCUGCACAGUGUACAAAAACUUCUGAGAGACUUUUAGGUUCAUUCAGCAGUUGACAUUGAUCUUUGUUAUCCUUUCUUUUAUAAGUGAUACUGACAAUCGAACUAUUCUAUGCAACUUCAGCCUGAAUAAUCUAAUAAUCUAUUCUCUUCCUCUAGUUGACUUAGUGAAUGAUAAAAUUCCCAACAAAUAAUAUUUGAUAUAGGAAUGCUUCAGCAGGGAAGUAAGUUAGAAGGUCAAACACCUUGAAUAUCUAUAAUAAUUGUCUUGUAAUGGUUCAUACUCUGAGUUCAAAAGAAGAGAAGAAAGUAAAUGGAGAAUAACAAGUUUCUAAUAAGUAUAGUACUGAUAGUUUUGUUGCCAUAUGUAAAUUCAACAACAUCAGGGCGUAAAACUAUCAAGCACUUUGUGCUAGUUCAUGGCGCGUGUCAUGGAGCCUGGUCUUGGUACAAGAUUGUGGCACUGAUAAGAUCUUCAGGGAAUAAUGUCACAUCUCUUGACUUAGGUGCUUCAGGGAUCAACAAGAAACAGGUUCUCGAAAUCCCACAUUUAUCUGAUUACUUUAGUCCGCUAAUGGAGUUCAUGGCUUCUCUACCUACACAUGAGAAAGUGAUUCUUGUAGGCCAUAGCUUUGGUGGAUGGGCCAUAUCUAACGCCAUGGAAAGAUUUCCAGAAAAGAUUUCAGUUGCUGUAUUUGUUACUGCUCUUAUGCCUGGUCCAACUCUAAAUGCGACCACUCUCUUAACCAAGUUACAAUCUUUCAAUGGAAAUGUAUCUCAACUUGAUAAUCGUUUAACGUAUGAUAAUGGACCAACCAAUCCUCCAACAACCUUCAUCUUUGGUCCAAAGUACUUGGCAAGAAAUGUUUAUCAGCUGAGCCCAAUUCAGGAUUUGGCGCUGGCCACUACAGUAGUAAGGCCUCUAUACUUGUACAGUGUGGAAGAUUUUGCUAAGGGGAUAGUUGUUUCAAGCAAAAGGUAUGGAACAAUUAGGCGAGUAUUCAUUGUGGCUGUUGAAGAUAAAACUCUACCCAAGGAAUUUCAACAUUGGAUGAUUGAAAAUAAUCCACCAGAUGAAGUGAAAAAGAUUUCAGGCUCUGAUCACAUGGCCAUGAUGUCUAAGCCCCUAAAACUUUUUACUCUUCUUCUACGUAUUGCUCACAAGUGACGAGCUUAUUGAUCUUCGAUUAAAUAUUCAAUAAUAAAUAAUUUUAAAAAUUGUACUUCAACUUUCCCUUGAAUUCUGAUGUUUCUUUUUCCAUAA